AUGUUUGUUACAGACUUUGGAGUUACGAAUGAGGAAAUACACUUAAAUCACCACGGAGAGAGAGAGAGAGUGGUAAGAUACAUGGGUCGUGUCUCUUCACCGUCCUCUGUGGAAAAACUUCAGGUUGGAGUCUGUUUGCUUCUAGUGGAGCUGUGUGAGAGGUUUACAUUCUUGGAAGUCGUCUGCAAUAUGAUCCCUUUUUGCACUGUCAAGCUUGGCCACUACAACUACCAGGCAGCCAUUCUGAACUUGUGCUUCAACGGAACGUCCAUUCUUUCCCCUUUGUUUAUGGCAUGGCUUGCUGAUCUCUGCCUAGCAAGAAACAAACUGCUAUAUAUUUGCUUAUUUCUACAUGUUCUAGGCUCUGUGUUGAUAUCUGUAGUUGCCUUUCCCUCAGAGGAGUUCUACAUCGGCCCUUACCAUGUGAUUAACAGCAUCUCCACAAAGGAUCAGAGCAAGCUAUUCUAUGUGGCUCUGUUGGCCAUUGGCCUUGGAACAGGAGGAAUCAGAGCCCUUGUCUGCCCACUGGGAGCUUAUAGCCUUUGGGGAUUUGGACCACAGAAACAAGCAGCCUUCUGUGACGGGCUUUAUUGGAUCCUGAACCUAAAUGCCACCAUUGUCUUCCUGGGAAUAUCUUCCAUACAGCACUCAGGUUCCUGGACCCUGGUCUUACUUUUUCCUUUCAUUUCUACAUGUAUGACUCUGAUAACUCUUUAUAUGGAGCAUCGCCACCUGAUUUAUCAGCCAGAAAAAUGUUCCUCCCACCUGACAAUCUUUAGGGUGUUUGCUAAUAUUCUGAAAACAUACUGUCGGCCAUAUUGCAACCUUGGCAGAAAUACAACACCCUGGUCAGACCACGCCAAGGAGAAAAAUUGUGGCGGUUCCAGUGAGUUCCACGUGGAAGGCACUACAUUUGUCUUCACCUUUCUCCCACUAUUCACUUUUCAGAUUAUUUAUAGAAUGUGCAUUAUGCAGAUUCCUUCAGGAUACUACCUGCAGACCAUGAAUUCCAACCUGAACUGGGAUGGAUGUCUUCUGCCGGUCGCAGUAAUGAGCAUAGUCAGCACCCUGCCACCAUUAAUUCUGGCUCCGUGCUUGGAGUGUUUCAGCACCUUCCUGCUGCCCUCUCUGAGAGAUGGAUCAUUUCUAUCAGCCUGCAUCAUUGCUGGGAAUCUUUCUGCAGCCUUGUCUUUGGUAGUUGCUGGCUUCAUUGAAAUUCACAGGAAGCAUUUUCCUCCAAUGGAGCAGCCCCUUUUGGGCAAAGUUCUCACCGUUUCCUCCAUGUCCUGUUCCCACCUGGUUCUUCAGUACAUCUUACUUGGAGUGGCUGAAGCCCUGGUCACCCCAGCCUUCUCUUUAAUAUCACACAGAUUUGUUCCAAGCAUCAUCAGAGAAACCUCCAUGAAUUUGUUGACACUGUUCAGUGGAUUUGGCUGUUUCACAGAGGCGCUGCUGAUCGAGUUGGUUUAUCUCCUCUCAGAAGGCAAUUGGUUUCCAAACACAUUAAACAAAGGCAAUUUAGAAAGCUUCUUCUUCUUCCUGGCAUCAUUAACGUUGUUGAACGUCCUGGGAUUCUGGAGUGUUUCACAAAGAUAUUGUAAUCUAAAUCAUUUCAACACCAAGAACAUCAGUGGAAGUAAUCUUGAAGAAACACUUCUCCUCCGUGAAAAGUCUCCGAAGUUUUAUGGUACUACGCAGGAAUUCUCUUCAAGUAUUGAUCUUUGGGAGACAGACCUAUGA